AUGCCUCGGGGUGGAGCUAUGAAACUACCUUCCCAGGAAGAGUAUGAUCUGAUGAAAAUUGUAUUAUCUAAAGAAAAAACAAUGAAAGAUAUUCCAAAAGAUGUUGGACGGAAACGAAGAUCUGUAUAUUACAGAUUGUAUUUAUCAAAAUCAACGUACAAACUAGAAGAUGCAUUAUAUCCUCCUACAGGACUGAAAACCAAAUGCAUCACUGAGAAUGGCAGAAUAGUUGUUCCGAGGGAACAUCUUCAUGAAGUUGUAAUGCAUUAUUACAAGGAGAUGAAAGGUGCGGGAGCGAGAGCGAUAUGUUAUCGUUUGAAACAUUUCUUCACAGGCAUUGGUGUGCAUAUUAUUCAAAGAAUUUUGAAUUCGUCUGCUGUUCAUGGAAAAGAGGCACCUAAAUUUGAUGCUAAAGCCCCAUUACACCCUGUUGUUGCCCAUAAGGUAAUGGAAAUCAAUCAAGUUGACUUGAUUGACAUGACAUCAAAGCCAUGUAAUUUAAAUGGUGUAAUUUACAGAUAUAUUUUGACUGUAGAAGAUGUUUUUUCAAGGUUCUUAUUUCUUUAUGGAUUACAAAGUAAGGAGGCUGUUUUAGUGACAGAAAAGUUACGUGCGCUGUAUGAUCAAUUUGGACCACCAAAGAUACUCCAAUCAGAUCAAGGAACUGAAUUUAAGGGUAUUGUAGAAUUAGUAGCCAGUUCGUACAACAUCAGAAUGGUGAAAAGUCGCAGUCAUCAUCCCCAAUCUCAAGGAAAGGUUGAACGUUCACACCGCACAAUCAAAACUAGGCUUAAAUUUGAUGAAUUUAGUGAGAUGGCUAAACAAAAAGGUCUGGAGUGGAUGGAGUGUAUCCCUUCCUGUGUAAAUGUUUACAAUAACACAUAUAAUCAAGCUAUAAAAAUGACUCCAUUUGAGGCUUUUUUUGCGAGAUCUAACCAUGCCUUCUCUAGAGAACCAAAUUCCAAUGAUGGCAGCCAAAAGGCAAGAGAUACAGAAGGAAAACCAGAACAAACAUUGUCCCAUUGGGUCUCAGUGUCGAACCUGAUCCGAGAGAAAGCCUUUCAUGCGAGUGAGAGUGAAUCGGAAAAAAUGGUUCACAGAGUUAUGGCCAAACACCCAGUAGCCUUGUAUGAGAAAAAUGAAAAUGUUUUGGUUAAAUUAAAACCCAAAACAAAACUCUCAAGCAAGAAUAAGUCUCAGAUUUUCGAUGGGAAAAUUAUUGACUAUAAUGAUGACACUCAUAUGUACAAGAUUGAGUUUAAAUUGGAAAAAAAGUCAAUAACAAGGUGGUUCGCAUUGUCUGACAUCACAAGUUUGACUCGUUCAAAAGAGAGAGAAAAAAGGUCCAAAGAUCCUAUACGAUGCAAAUGCAAAAAGUCUUGCAUGAAGAUUGCAAGCAGGAAAUGUACCUAUGAAAUGAAUAAAUUGUGUUGCAAAAGAACGGUCAAACAAGUACCAUGUACUAUUAAACAGCACAAUCAUGCUAAACAGAUUUGGAACACUUGCAUGGCAAAAGGGACCUUCAGUGAUUUGGGAGACAAGAAAAGCAAUGAGAAGAAUAAGAAUCAAAGUGAACAAACAUAUGAUACUGAUAUGUUUCUUAAAGAACUUGAAUUGGCCCUUAAUAGAGUUGAAAGCCAUGAAGAAAGGCUCUUGCAAAGAGUUGAAGCAGAAGGAUUUUCUGUACGAAAUCCUAUACUUGGUGAUGGAAACUGUUUUUUUAGGUCAAUUGAAGAUCAGUUAGAGCGGUUUGAAUUUCUGGAAAUAAGAGAUUAUAAACUUUUAAGACAGCAAGUUGUACAAUACAUGAUUGAUCAUCCAUUAACAGAGGAUGGUAUAAACCGUAAACAUCAGAUAGUUGGAAACUGGAGGCAGUACAUAAAAAAAAUGAAAAAAGAUGGUACAUGGGCUGAUCAUGUGUGCGUUCAAGCGACAAGUGAAAUGCUGAAAAUCCCAAUACACAUUGUAACUUCUGCAUCACCUGAGUCCGAUAAAUUUGAUAUUAUAUUCAGCCCGAAGAACUGUAUUCCUAAUUGUAAAUUACUACUUGGGCAUAUAAGCGAAAAUCAUUACAUCAGUUUGGAUGUAGCAGAUUCAUCAACUGAUUAUUCGCAUAAAUAUGAUCUUAGAGUGUGUCCCCCAAAGAAACGGUUCUCCCAAAGCUGGUUGCAGUAUGAAGCUUCUAAAAUAGAAAAUAAAGUGGAAAGCAGUGCAGUUUCUGUUGCUGGUAGUACCUCCAAGAAUUAUGAUGAGAAUUUUACACAAGGAGAUACUGCUUUUAGUGCUGAGCAUUGUGAUAUCAUUGACAAUCAACAUUUGAAUUCAGAUAUCAUAAAUAUUUAUUGUCAGUUAUUGUUCAAAUCGUUGUCUGUCAAGGAUCAAUGUGAUAUUGGUAUUGCUUCAACUUUUUUGAUUCCAGCUCUUGAAAAGGGCACAAAGAAUUAUAAGGCCUUCAUUACACAGAAAUCAUCACUAUGGAAUUUGAAGUUUUUGUAUGUACCUAUACAUGUCCCUUCUGGAAUAGGUCAUUGGAUAUUGGCUCGAAUGGAUGUUCAAAAGCAGUUAGUGGAAAUUUAUGACUCACUUGCAUCAGAGUAUACUUAUGUAGAAGAUUCGCUUAGGAAACCACUACCUGAGGAGCAUGAAAAAUCUAUGGAUGUCAUACUUUCAGAUGUUAGUUCAGAAAGCCAAGAUGCAGAUAACCAUAAUGAAGAAAUAACUAUGAUCACAGACAGUCAGUACACAGAUAUUUUAUGCCUAACGGAUGGAGUGAUAUCAUGCAGUGGUGAGUGUGCUGGGCACACCGAUAAACACAAAAUGUUCAUAAAUAAUUAUGAGCAUAAUUAUUGUGGCAGAAGAACAGUUAAGAAAUUUGGGUAUGGAAUGAACUUUGUGUCUUCAAAGGUGUAUGAAAAGAUACAAGAAAGACUAUUAAAAGAACACUUAAUAAAAAAACAUCUGACAAAAAGUAUUUUUGAAACAAGUACACAAAUGGUUUGCACCUCCAACAAAACAAUAUUUAUGAAGAAACAAGCCAAAAAGUAUCCCAUGUAUUUUGCUACAAGGUUCAUUGGAGACGUUUUGUUAAAAGAGGCAAUUGCAUUUUUAGUAAAAAGGAAGAAGAACGUUUCUUUACAUGAAGCAGAUGAACUUUGUGCUCAAACAGACAUAUUGAGAGAAGAAAUUUAAUUUUUUUCACAUUUUACGUCAUAAAGACCAUCAGACGUGCUGCAAUACUUUUAUUCAAACUUUGCAUUAACAUCACUCAUGGUAUGUUAUUGUUACCACCUUGCACCAAUUUGUUAGUAACUAAAUUAUGCCCUGAGAUUAAAGUAUUUUGCUCGACUAAUAAUAGAGACCAGAUUUUCAGUAAGAUAUUCUCAAAGAUGUUAAUUAAUGCAUUUACUAGAUAUGUUAUUUUUGUUAUAUUAUAGUUAUAGAUAACUAUUUCACUCAUUUUCUUUUUUCCUUAAAUGUUAAAAUAUUUGUAUUGUCGGCAGAAUUUUGUUGAAAGCCAUUUUAAUUUUGACUCACCUGGCCAAAAAUCAAAUCUAAGCAUGCUAGCAGAGAGGGUACGUAAUGUUUUAAG